CCGAAACUUAGUAUCCCACACACCAAAUCGUCAUGCGAAGCACCAAAGUACAGAACCACGCAUGAGCAGCAGUGAACCUGAACCACUUCAUGAUGAUCUCCAUCAUCAACUCAACGAUCACGAUUACAGUUUGCAAGCCGGUGAUCGUCACGACGAAGGAAUCAUAGUUAGUGUGUGCGAGUAUCGCCGAGGCCGCGAAUACUGGCACGCGAGGCAAGCGUUCCUAAGGAGCUACCAUUUCUCCUCCUCGUCGCCGCCGCCAGAAGAAGAUCAUUGCGAUCAUGACCGUCGCGAUGAUCAUGAUCGGGCAAGUGGGUUUAAGGGGAAGCUCAAGAGGUCGAUGAAGGGUUUUAAUGAGACCGCUGCGGGAGUCGUAAUGGAGGUCCGUCGAGGAAUGAUGUCCAAGAGGAGGCUCAAAAUUAGGGUUUUCAGGGUCAAGCUCAAUGUGCAUUCUUCUUUGGUUGCGCUGACCAUGAGAUGUUUCAUUCCCUGGUUUAGUAAAGUUGAGCGUGUGCGAUGAUCCACAGCUCAACUAGGUUUUACACCAAGAGUUCUCUAUGUGAAUAUAAUUGAGGUCAAAAGGUUGUAACUA